AACCAGAUUCAAGUCUCCCGGUCGCAGGCGGGAAAUCCUUUAUUAGAGCACUUGACAUUUUACCAGACAAACAGCAAGAUCAAGGACGUCGACUACGUGAUCAACUCCAAGUGCGUUGCGCUGUUUCUCUCUCUUCGGUAUCACAAGUUGCACCCUGAGUAUAUCUACAACAAACUCAAGAAGGUAUCGUACAACCACGAGGACACUUUGCGGGUGUUGCUCGUGUACGUCGACAUCGACGACUUUCAGGACACGGUGCGGGAACUAAACAAGCUCUGCCUCUUCAACAAAUUGACGCUCAUUCUCGCCUGGACAAACGAGCAGUGCGCCAACUACCUUCAGAACCUCAAAUACGUGGAGAAGGAGGCGAGCAAGCGUAUCAUCCAGGGGAGCCGGACUAAGGAUGAGGACGUGCUUGCAAAUGACGGCAAGUAUCUCGAGCGGGUCGUCAACACUGUCUCCAGCGUGAAAAGCGUCAGCCAGAGUGAUGCCAAAUCUCUCCUCGUCGCCUUCGGCAGCAUGCGGGGAAUUGUUGAGGCCGACACCGACCAGCUAUCGGGCAUCCAAGGUUUAGGCCAACUUAAGGUGGACCGGCUCCUGCGGGCUUUCAACGGUUCCUUC